AUGGCGACAACGAGCCAAAGCCAAGAACAAGAUGAGGACUACCCGCGCUACAUGGUAGCCGGCACCUUGAGCAUGGCAUCACAAUAUGUUCAGAGCCACUACCCACGCCUCUCCGCCAACCUCCCCGACCAACCAUGCACCAUUGCGGCCGUCCUCCACGAGUGCGCCAAAGCGGUCGAAGGAGCCACCAUUCCUUUCGCUAUGCCCGCGAACCCCAACCGCCUCCCCAAACCCAUCUCCCAAGAACGCCUGCACGCCAUCCAGGACAAGGUCCUCAAAGAGACUGCGAACCAAGACCAGUUGCCACACGUGCUUCUCCCCGUCGGCUCCAAGAGCAAUCUUCCCACCGUCACGUGCUCCUUCAUUCUCAAGGCCCUCAACUGGGAACUGGGCAUGGCCCAGGAGAACUUCCAUAACGUGCCGGCGCUGUGGGAUAGUGGCGCGGGGGUCGUCUGCGUCACGGACGACGUUCUCAGCCGUGGCUUCAAGGCCCACCUCCAGGACGACAAGCACGACGCCUCUCGGGUCACUGCUAGCAAGGGGCCGAGGAUCCAGAUUUCGUGCCUCGUCGAGUUUUCCAACCUCACGAUGGUCCAGUUCGACACGGCCGCGCUCGUCAUCCCCGCGGGCUCAGCCCCCAACGGCUGGUCGGGGUGA